UGGCUCCGCGCUUACGCUCGAAAGUGUCGAUGGAGCGAGGAGAAGGUGUUGGUGCAAGAAGAGAUGAAUCGGGUGGUGAAGUCAUUGGAAGCUGCAGCUCAAAAUUGGAUCAGACUGUCGGCUUUGCACGCCAAUGAUCCCGGGUACACAGUAUUUGCCAACGGCAAAGCCCUUCGAUGGCAGGAGCUAGCA